AAUAUUAUAUUCUUAAAUAUAUUUAGGCUGGUGGUAUGUGGAACCCUGACCCAAACAAAUACAAGUGGUAAUUUCAUCAACCUCAUAUACCGGAAAGUGCUGGAAACUUUAUCAACCCGAUAUAUUUCGUGAAAUGCUAGCUGGAAUAGGAAAAAUCGAAUUCUGCGAUAUAGGAUUAUGGAAUCUUAGAAAAUCCGGACUGAUGUAAAAGUUUAUUUCUAGAACUAAUAAUUGGAUAAAUAAUUCUUUAUUUAAAUAAUUUGCUGUUAAAAAUUGUUACCCUUUUUACCUAUUUGUUUUUAUAUUUUACCCUUGUGUCCUUUACCUCUGAUUCCUUAAUUUGAUCUCAUAAUUUAAUUUCCGAAUCUUUUUUAAAUUUUAUCCCACUUUCUUCACCCAUUGCCUUUAUAUGUAAAGAAUAUCAGUUUGUUUGCAUUUGUACGUGGUUUUAUUGACCUAAAUAACAUAUUUGUACUGCUUCAAUUUGUUUUUGCAUCCUAUGUAGUUUAUCGUGUACAUUGGCCUUUGAACACAGAAAGCUGUACACUGUACACUUUACUUACGUAUUUAUCUCUGUAAAGUGAAAUGUUUUCAGAAAAUGGGUCGACGGAAGAAGGGAAGUAACAGGAUGGGUGGUUCUAAACUAGAGAACGCAGUGUCAGAUGAAGAAGGUGAAGGACCAGGAGAGGACGGGAUCUAUGACGAGGUUGAUUUGUGGGAUAUGGAACAGGACAAGGUCCUCAUGGCCGCAACUAAGAGGACGGGAGGACGACAGAAGCAGGAGAAUAUGGAGAUGUUUGCUCUUUCUGGAAAUACUGGAGAGAAGAUUUUAACCUCGGACAGUGAGUUUGAGGAGGACGAGGAGGAGGAGAGGGAGGCCGAGAUCCUCCAGGCCAGGCAGAUGGACAGGAUGCAGGAGGAGGACUUCCUAGAUACGUUCGUUAUUAAGGAGAACAAGGAUUUAGAGAAAGUAGAAGAAGAAAUUGUUGAAGAAAUCGUGAAGCGCGAUCUAUCCGCCCUAUCAUCCAAGGAACUCUCCGCCUUAUUCCGCCGUGAUGCUCCGGAAUUUGACGGAAUCGUCCUGGAUUUCAGGAAGAAGAUGUCGGAAGCUGUUCAGCUGAGUCGGCUGGUCAGCCUGGAGGACACAGUAGCUUUACCUCCUGGUCCGGCGCUGGAGUAUAUUCGAGCCAAGUUCCAGCUGCUGACUAAUUAUUGCACAAAUAUCACAGCCUACCUCAUGUUCAAAUCUAAGGGAACAAAUCUGAAAUCCCAUCCAGUAACUGGGAGAAUUCUGGAAUACAAACAGCUAAUAGAUUCUCUAGACUCCAUCAACUCCAUCGUACAACCACAGAUAGAUGACCUGCUGAGCCGACUAGAUUCAGGAGAAAAAAUAGAUACAAUUAUCAAAGAAGAGAGAAGAAGGUUAAAGAAGAAGGAAAUGAAGAAAAUGGAUAAAAACAAGAAAUUGAAACUAUUGGAGAAAAAGGUUGUGGAGCCUGUCAUUGAAGAGAAGAAGAGUAAGAAGAGAAAAAUGGAUAAACGAGAAGAUCUAACAGGAGACGAGAGGAUGGCGGUAGAGAUGUACAAGGCCAUCAAGAGGAACAAGACGGACCUCGACGACGAGGAGACCAACUCGGAAAAGGAGGAUGAAGAUGGGAGUGAGGUUGAGGAGAAGGAUGAUGAGAAUGAUGGUGAGAAUGAUGGUGAGAAUGAUGAUGAGAGGGUUCAUCACAAUGAUGAUGUUGAACUGGAUGAUCCAGAGGAAGCUGAGCGACGAGGAAUUACUUACAAGAUUGCCAAGAACAAGGGUUUGAUGCCUAAAAGGAAUAAACUACAGCGGAAUCCUAGAGUCAAGAAUAGAGUUAAAUUCGAGAAAGCUAAGAAGAGAAGAAAAGGAGCAGUUAGAGAGGUCCGGACCGAGACAACAAGAUAUGCUGGUGAAUUAUCCGGGAUCAAUGCACGUGUCAAGAAAGGAGUCAAGUUCCGUUGAGCAAAAACAAAAAAUUGUCAUUUUUUCAGAAUAUAUUUUUGUAACCUUA